CCGAGGGGCGGGUCGGGCGUACGGAGAAAAAGCGUCUGGGGGACGGCAGCUGGCAAGGUUCAUCCAGAAGUGCUUCGCGACUGCGUCAGGGAUUAUCAGGGUACUGGAAGCAUGGUGUCCCUGCAGCUGCUCAGAGGUCCCUUCCUGUGUGUUCUGCUCUGGGUCUUUUGUGUUCCUGGUGCCAGGGCCCAGGAGCAUGGGGCUGGUGUCCACCAUGGCAGCGUGGGCCUGGACAAGAGCACAGUGCACGACCAAGAGCACAUUAUGGAACAUCUGGAAGGUGUCAUCAACCAGCCAGAGGCUGAGAUGUCCCCACAGGAACUACAGCUCCAUUAUUUCAAAAUGCAUGAUUAUGAUGGCAACAGUUUGCUUGAUGGCUUAGAGCUCUCGACGGCCAUCACUCACGUGCACAAGGAGGAGGGGAGUGAGCAGGCCCCACCCAUGAGCGAGGACGAGCUCAUCAGCAUCAUAGACGGCGUCCUGAGAGACGAUGACAAGAACAACGACGGCUACAUCGAUUAUGCGGAGUUCGCCAAGUCGCUGCAGUAGGCGGCUGGCCCUUUCCUGUGCACACGUGACCCUUGCUAAUGUGAUGGACAUUCUGGUAAUGAGAAGCAGCUUAUUUCUGUCUGCUGCUGCAGCGCUGGUAAAGCCUGUGGCAGUCUGUUAGACUGGGGGAGGAGGAAGCCACAAGGAAUACGGAGAGAAGUGGGGCAGUGUCCUUACGUGCGUUUAAACCUGUUGGACAAGAGCUCAAACCUUCCGAAGGGUGGUGGGGUAUCCCAAGCUCCCAGGAACCUGAGUCUAGAAGCCACUCUAACUUCUUGAUGUUAUUUCAUGCUACCUGAAAAGUAAAGACAGUCUGCUUUGCCAAGUGGACACUUCAGUGACGGUGGAGGGAGAGCCGAAAGCCGCAUGUCUUCCCAGUUGGGUUCUGCUCUGGGCAGAUGUGGUCAGUAUGCUGUUCCCCAGGCAUACAGCAUCACGUCCUAAAGCCACAGCAGGAGAAGAAUGUCACCCACGGAGUCCACCAGACGCAGAGUGAAGACUCCUUACCCACUGGCAUUAUGGAAGCGAGCACCACUGGCCUGAAUACUUAGCCUUUUCAGAUCUUCAGUAUCUUACACAACUACUGCCACACCCUGUGCUCUGUCACCAGCCCGAGAGAAACCUUGAAUUGGGUGUGCUCUCCGCUCACCGCCCACCGUUUGAGCUCCCUGACCUUGUGUUUUAUCCUUGCUCCCAGGGCUCCCUUCAUGGCUUAUGAACUAUUAACUUGGUAUCGCAGGUUUAAACUGUCAGCUGCUCUAGCCUAAGUCAGACCAGAAAAGAUCAGUCACUAAGGGUGGUGGCUAACCUCAUCCAAGUUUUGAAGGAAUGUUUUUAAAAUUACCUCUUUGAGCCUGAAUAUGAUAAUUCUUUUAAUUUCAGGGAAGAGCAGAAAAGGAAGCGCAGUAGUAGCUGAAAGAGAAGCAGCCAUAGGUCGUACUUUGCGUUGUGAAACGUCAUAGACUUACUGUAAACGAAUCCAGAAUGAUGGUGGGAUCAGAAAAAAACUGAAUCAAAUUUGCUUUACGAUGUAUAGAGACUUAUUUUCUUUAUUAAAGUAUUCUUGUAAGAAAACUUACGUAUUUGUAAAACAGUUUUCUGUGUCAAGUAUUUGUGCAAUCGGAGCUGACUUGUAAACUAUUCUUGUAAGAUCUCAUUAUUUUGAAAGAUUUAUAUAAUGAACUCUGACUAUCUGACAAUAAAAUGGAUGAAAAAGUAA